GCCAAAGAUACACUUCGUCUUUGUGUUAUCCUUGAUCAUAGGCUUGCCAUACGGCAUAGCAAACCCCAUGAUGGUCUAUUUUCUUACCCAAGUCGAAGUACUUUGGAUCACACGUGAUGGUUCUCAUCAUCCUACCUAGUGAAUACAGUCUCGGACUUUGCAGAGCUAUAGCUAAAGGUGGGGUUACGAACUCCAGAUACCAAAAGGACAAACUCCAGCUCUCGAGCACUACAACGACUACACCCAAGAAGCUCAAUCUGCUUGACGGAGAGAUGAAGAUUUAUCUUCUUUCGACCUUUUUGUUGGCGAGCUGGGCCCACGCCGCUCUCUCAAUUGGUGCCCAAGAACCAAUCAUCAACCCAACCUCCUCUUCACUCCUCGAGCUUCACAAAAGCCUCAUCGAGCACGAAUCGAUUACUGGCAACGAGCACAACGUUGCGAAAUACCUGAUAUCCUACCUGAAGAGUAAGAACUUCACGGUCGAAACCCAAGAUGUCGGUCCUUUCGAAGGCUCGAACAAACCCCGCGAGAACAUUCUGGCGUAUGUAGGGAAGCAAAGGAAGACCAGGACGUUGGUUUCGUCGCACAUUGAUACCGUGCCCCCAUACUGGGAAUACAAGUCAAUUGGAGAUGAAAUCUGGGGCAGAGGCAGUGUGGACGCGAAGGGGAGUGUUGCGACGCAGAUCAUAGCUGUUGAACAGCUUCUUGCAGCUGGAAAGAUCGCUGAGGGCGAUGUUGCUCUGCUCUUCGUUGUCGGGGAAGAACGUGGCGGUGAUGGCAUGAAGAAGGCGAAUGAUUUGGGCAUGGAGUGGGAAGCAUGCAUAUUUGGAGAGCCUACGGAACUGAAGCUUGCGAGUGGACACAAGGGGAUUAUGAGUGUUGACCUGAAAGCAAAGGGGAAGGCUGGACAUAGCGGUUAUCCUGAGCUUGGUCGAAGUGCUAAUUCGAUGCUGAUCCCGGCAUUGAAUGCUUUGCUGAAUAUGGAGCUCCCUUGGAGUGAGAAGUAUGGAAAUACAACUCUGAAUAUUGGGAGAAUAGAGGGAGGGGUUGCGCCGAACGUCAUUGCAGAAGAGGCUUCUGCCAAUAUUGCCAUUCGUAUUGCUGAUGGAGAACCAGUGGUAAUUGAGAAGAUAAUCUUGGACACACUCGAAGCUGUUGGACAGAAGGUUGAUGUCUCUUUUGGUGGCGGCUAUGGACCUGUCUACAUUGACAGUGAUGUUCCGGGCUUCGAGAAGAUUGUCGUCAAUUACGGAACAGACAUACCGAAUCUCAAAGGAGAUCACAAGAGAUAUCUGUAUGGCCCGGGAUCAAUCCUGAUGGCACAUAGUGAUCACGAGCACCUCACGGUCCAUGAUCUAGAGGCUGCUGUCAAGGGUUACAAAACUUUGAUCGAGUAUGCUUUGAAAUAGUUAUAUCUAGAUAGAUACCCAAUCCGUUUGGACAAUUUGUUUCAUUUCACCUUGUCUCCUUUUCCAUAGACGGAACUAAUUCCUUUGGAGUCUUUUCAUUGCUUCUGAGCUCAUAUAUAUGGCUAUUCCUUCUGAUG